AUGGGACAGCGAGUGACAAAAGUGAGACCGAUAACGAUUGGAGAGGUGUACGAUCAACAUCUAAGUACACCCCCAAAUCCCAGCACCAACAGGGUGGUUCAACAUCCUCAUCCCCGCGAUGAGACCCCUGUUGGUGCUGGAGGUGGAGGAGAGGAGGACGGAGGAGGAGGAGGAGGAGGAGACUACAUCUUCAGCCGCUAUUCCGUGGGCGAUCAGCUGGGAAAAGGCGGAUUUGGUGUAGUGCAUGAAGGGAGACGGCUGGAGGAUGGUCUUAAAGUGGCUUUGAAAUACGUCACAAAGACCAAGAACAUGGAAUGUAUAUUCACUCCCGAUCAUCCAGCUCCCCUUCCCAAAGAGAUCGCCCUUACCAUCCUUGCUAAUAAAGGUCCCCACGUGCCGCAAAUCAUCAGGCUGCUGGACUGGACGGACCACCCUGACCACUUUGUCAUGGUCCUCGAAUGUCCCUCUCCCUGUGAAAACCUGGUAGAGUUCAUCAGGCGUCACGGUGGAAGCCUCGACGAAGACACCGCGAGGCAGAUCGUGUGGCAGGUGGCUCACGCGGCAAACGUGUGCUGCCUCCGCGGAGUGCUCCACCGUGACGUCAAACUGGACAACCUACUAAUAAACAGGGAGACAUCCGAAGUCAAGCUGAUUGACUUCGGAUGCGGGGACAUUCUGAGGAGGUCACCGUACAGGUCCUACCAUGGCACAGUAGCGUACUCCCCUCCGGAGUACCACAGGAGGGGGAAGUACUACGGCAGGCCAGCCACUGUCUGGUCACUAGGGAUUGUAAUGUUCGCACUGUUGUGCGGACAUUUCCCUAGUGACUUUGACCUUUUCCUGCUGCAGUACAAGCGCUUUUGCAAACCCGGCAUGUCAAAAGAAUGCUGUCACCUCCUCAGGGCUCUCCUCCAUGAGAAGCCAAGUCGGCGACUUGGCCUGGGGCAAAUCACGUCCCACAACUGGUUUAAGGCACCCAACAGUGUUGUUGCCUCCUCAGAGGUCCCUGUAAAGGCCCAAGCCAGAGCCAGCACCAAAGGCCAUCUCAACCCAGAGGUUUCUGUCAUGGCCACCUGGUUCGAGAUACUGCAGUCAUCUGCCAAAGAUACAGCUGUGAGGUACAGCUGCCAAACAAAGUCCUGUAAUGGGGACUGUGAUUUCCAAGUUUGCAUGUCCCAGAGCUUCCUGCCUCAGAGAUUCCUGCCCUAG